AUGACACGCUCCAUUUGCUUUCUCGGUGCAAGCCCCGCCGUUGUCAAGCGACUAGAAGAUACUCUCAAAGAACAUUCUAUUUCGGGACAAGUUGCGCUCCUAACAGAUACACCGCGGCUUCUACAAGGUAAGGUCUUCUUGUGUGUUACACUUGCGGAUGUAUUUGCGUUGCGGCAGACUUGCGAAUGUAUAUCGGACCCAAUGGUGUUGACAGCUCUCUGUCUCUCUGACUUCGAUACCCUUGCACAGGAGUUUCCGUCUAGAGAGACGUUUGAGCUCCUGUCGCUGCACAUAGAUUCAGAUGGGGAGUUAGACAUAAGUGGAUUUAUCAAAGAAGCAAACAGUCGUUUGGGCCAUCGGAUUCUCUGUGACACCAUUGCAACCCAAGGGCUCCUCAGGCGGGCAGUUCGCUGA